AUGGCGUCUCUCAGCAUCAACGGCCAUGUGGUAGCCCUGGAAAAGUUCAACAAGUCUCUCAAAGGGCAGCCUUUGGAGACUUCCAUCUACAAUCUUACCUCUCUUCUCCGACUCCGCCAGAUUCAAGGCUCCGAGCCGUGCGCCAUCGCCACCGCAAAUCUCCUCCUCCAGGUUGUCGCAAAGUCCAAGGUCUCCGAAGUCGACCAACUACUCGCACACAUAUCCGCCGUCGGCAGCCAGCUUGUCGCGGCACAGCCCAAGGAGCCCGUCGUCGGAAACAUUGUGCGCCGCGUCCUCGGGCUGAUAAGAGACGAGGCCGAGGAAGAUCGAAAUGGGGGUGUCAGCCGCUCCUCGGGUCUCGUCACGCCCGUGGAGAUCCAACCAUUGACUGGAGUCUUCCCGCCGCCGCGCCGGGCGCCGAUUCUCUCUCCAAUCUCCGACAAGCGCUCGCCCGAUCCUCUUCUGGCCACCCUGCGCCGUCUGGAGGUCAUUGACGGAAUUGAAGAGAUCAAGGACGAGAUUGACCAAGUGGACGAUCAGAUAUCGGCCAACGCCGAGGCCCAGAUCCGGCCUGGGGAAUACGUCCUAGUCUACGAACCCACGCUGACGGUGCGGAGGUUUCUUCUCAAGGCGGCGUCGAAGCGCAAGUUCACCGUCGUCACCGUCAUCCAUCCGGCCCGCCAAGGGUCUGCAGAGAGCAGCUACGCCGACCUACGAAAGGGUCUAGCCAAGCACGGAGUGUCCACCAUCAACGUUUGCCGGCGGGGAAAUGUCGCCAGGACGGCCAAGAAGCGGGGCAGCGCUGUUGUGAUCCUAAGCGGUGUUUACAAGUUCAGCCCAGAGAUCCCCUUUGACGAGGAGGCCCUUGUCGACUGGGGCAAUCCAUCGCAAGCCGUCAACUACUCGGACGGCGGCAUUGUCAACCAUAUCGCCGUGCAAAACCCGACCACAGAGCUGAUACCUGAGGACCUCGUCGACGUUUACAUCACUAACCUGCAGCACCCGUUUAGCCCUGCGUUCAACGACCUUCCGCCCCCUCCGUAUAGCGAGACGGACAUCUACUCGCAGGCCGGCGCUCCCCCGCACCAGCCGGACGCCCAUCCUCCCCUCGAGCCCUCGGCUGCAGCUGCUGCGUACUUUGACUCUCGCCCUGUCCUUGAUCCUGUCACCUCCGGCUCGUCUUUGGAGCACGUAAUCAACGUGAGCGCCGACAGCACGCCCGAAGCUUUUCCCUUUGUUCCCGGGUUUUUAUCUCGCGACGUAACAGAGCAGGACUGGAGGACCUUUCUUAAUUUCUUAAUUCCGGACCAUUCUACCCGGAGCAAUGAAGCGGUUGCGGACAGGAAGCUUAGGGCCGAGGGGAGCAAUACUAGCACAAUAGGUGAAGCAGAGGCGCAAAUGAGCGCCAUCAUCUCCGAAAAUGGCUCCGCCAAUUUCUCCCGCCUAGCUGUUGAAAGGACAGUCGAGGAAUGGAAUGCGUGGUUCUUUGGACCUCGCGGGGUGACCAUCCACCUUGCGCCCGAGCCGAGCGCGGCCCGCAUGCCCGGCGCGUGGGACCAGUCCUUCGACGCCGCGGCCGCCGGACCCCCGGGGUUCCAACCGAUUCCACCCCAAGAAGGGCCCCUCCGGCCAAUACGCGAGACCGGAAUCAAGUACCUCGGGCGAAACCUUCUUCCUGGAACGUACGGACCCUUCCAACCCCGUGGACGUGGCUGGAAUUCCGGUGGACCCUUUGGUUUCCCGGACAGGGCCCUCCCUGGGCUCCGCAUGACCACUCCCGCGGAGUGCCCGUGCCGGACCCUUUGGUCACGGUGGGCCCUGGGGCCCUGGACGACAUGCCCGUGCGACCGCGAAUCCUGCGUUUCCCUCGACUCCCUCCCCGACUAUGACGAUCUAGACGGGCAGCAAUACACAGUCUACACGCAAGCUCUGCAGCAAUGGCUCGCCCGCGGGGAGACAAUGGUCUCGAAGCAGGACGUGCGCCAGCUCAAGGCGGAUCUACGCGCUGCUCGAUCCAGGCAGUGCAACCUCACCACCGCCCAGCGGAAAGAAUGUGCCCGCGACGUCAAGAACCGGUUGCGUGAGCUGAAGCAAGUCCGGCGACAGCAUAAGCGGGACCAGAAGGAGCUCAAACGACAAGAAAAGCAGCGGAAGCGGGCCGAGAAGAGAGAACACAAGCAGAAGAAGCGAGAACUGAAGCGUUCGGAAAGAGAAAACCGACACGCCAGCAACGCGGGCAUCCCCGCCCCGCCAGCUCCCCUGCUCCUCCUGCGGCUCCUCCCGCACCGGCCGUCCACGUUCCCCGCUGGAGAAAAGAUCGGCCUGAGGGAGGCUGAACUAUCCAAGAUCGAAAUCGAUCUGGCCAUGGGCAACUGUAACCGGACCUGGGGGAGUGCCGCGAAAGCGCAGAGCAAGAAGGCUGCCCUUGAAAAGGAGAUUGAGGCCCUGCAAAGCUCCCGAGAGCAGUUCAGGCUCAAGGCGGACGAGGAGUAUGCGCGCAAGCUGGAUGCUAGUGAAAAUGCUUCCUAA